CACUCACACAGACGCGCACACACACACACACACACACACACACACACACACUCACGCUCAAAGCAGAGCAUCGCUAUGUGCCUGGAGCAGUAGCAACCUGAGUGCAGCUCACUCACUCCACAGGUGCAUAAAUGACUCCAAGCUCUGGUAGCAGGCUGUGGAUGUACCGCAAGAUUGUGUCGUACACCGGAGGAACACAAAAGGAAAAACAUGUGGAGAAGUAGAAGUUGGAAGAAAUAGAAAGACAGGACUUUGUGUGUUUUCUGCUGUGUUUUUCUCUACAGUUAGUUUUUUUGUCCUCAAGUGAUCAGCUUCCCCAAAGUGCCUUGGCCAUCUUUAAAAGCAGAAGAGUUUAUGUAUGUUUAUGUAGCAGAUUUUCCCAUAUUCUUCUCACCGCUUGACAUGACUGAUGUACGGUUUCCUCAUGAGAAACGCAGACAGUGAACUGCUCCAUUUCAGAGCUUCUGCAGAGGUAAUGUGACAGUCUAUGCUCAGAGUGAGCUCGGUCCACACCACUGUACGCAGGAGCAGCUCCGCCCCGCCGUGCCCCGCCCCGCUGUGCCCUGCCCUGCCGCCAUGGGCACGCUGCAGUCUAAAUGGCGUUACCUGGUCAUGAUUCUGGGAGUGCAGCUGGUCAUCAUGGCACUGCUCUCGAGAGAGGGCUACCAGAAGAGGGUGACAUAUUUUUUCCGGAUUUUUCGGAAGCCUGACGUACCUCCAGCAGGUCCCUGGCAUAACCAAACGGGGCGUGACGUCUACGCCAACCUGUCCCAGCUGGCCAAGGUGCCUCUGCAGACGGACGAGCUUCCCUACUGCCCCCGCAAGUCCCCGCUGGUCGGUGGUCCGCUACGAGUCACCUUCCCCUCUGGGCUCACCCUUGCCGAGGUGGAGCGGAAGAACCCGCUGGUGGUGCGAGGCGGGCGUUACCGGCCCCCGAACUGUGAAGCUCGGCAUCGCACUGCCAUCAUCAUCCCCCACAGAAACCGCGAACACCACCUCAAGUUCCUGCUCUACUACCUGCACCCUUUCCUGCAGAGACAGCAGAUCAGCUACAGCAUCUACAUCAUUCACCAGGCGGGAAACUUCACCUUCAAUCGGGCCAAGCUGAUGAAUGUGGGCUUUCGGGAGGCCAUGAGGGAGGAGGACUGGGAGUGUCUGUUCUUCCAUGAUGUGGACCUGAUCCCUGAAGACGAUCGUAACACCUACAUCUGCGAUGCCCACCCCAAACACGCUGCCAUCGCCAUGGACAAGUUUGGCUACAAGCUUCCAUAUAAGAGUUAUUUUGGGGGGGUGUCAGCCUUGACCCCUCUGCAGUACCUCAAGAUGAAUGGUUUCCCUAACAACUACUGGGGCUGGGGUGGUGAGGAUGAUGACAUCGGAAUCAGGGUGUCUCUGGGUGGGAUGCUGAUUUCUCGUCCUGCUCUGAAGGUGGGACGCUAUAAGAUGAUCAAACACAAACUUGAUGAGGGUAAUGAGAUGAACCCCCGCAGGUUUAACAUGCUGGCAAAGACUCGGCAGACGUGGCGGCAGGACGGUAUGAACACGGUGGAGUACGAGGUCGUGUCGCGCCAGCACCUGCCCCUCUACACCAACAUCACCGUCAACAUCGGCACCGACAAGGGCCUGGAGCCCUACCGAGCCCCCCCCGCCCCCCAGCCCGCGCGCUGAC